AUGUCCAUGCAAACAAGCUUAUGCAAAGAAAAGAGCAUUCCAUUGAGCCAGAUCGUUCGGCCCAUCCAGCCCGUGCUUGACCACGACAAGAUCGCGGCAAUGGUCUCGACUUUCAAGGGCACGGCCCGCGGCUCGGCAACGCUCAGCGAGGCCGAAGCCGCCGAGCGCGUGCGCACUUUACCGGCCAGCGAGCGGCUACCACCGGUAGACGUUGCCGCCGUGCGGUACCCGGACACCGGCGAAACGCGGUAUUUCGCCUUCGGCGGCUGCCACCGCCUGCAGGCGUACGACCGACUAGCAGCCGAGUCGCCCGACCACGACGUCGCAGUGCGCUGCCGCUUGAUGCCAAUGACUCCGAAACAGUUGAAACUAUACAUUGGCGGGUCCGCGUAG